AUGAGAGUCCGGUCAUGUCUACCCUCCACCUGUGCCACCAAUUCCACUCUAGACUCCACCAUCUCCUUCUCAAAAAACCAAUCACAGCCUCCGAAACAUCUUAUUUCCGACACAAGCAGCUCCUCCGACAGUGCAACUACGUCAACCACAAGUAGUACCGACGCAAGCAGCGUCAGCCUUCAAAGCAAUCUCUCCCUCCAGACUCUUCCUUCUGUCCCUUCCCUCCAAAAAAUCACACCCGAAACUUUUAGUGUCUCUUCUCUUUGCUUAAAUUCUCUUAAACCCCAGCAAAAUCACCUCCCAAUCACCUGUCUUGCAGUUCACAAUAACCAUCUCUACGCGGCUUCCUCUCACGAAAUCAACGUCUAUGAUCGAACCAACUUAUCCCUCAUCGAUUCCUUCAACGAUAAAGAUUCCUCCCUAGGCUCCGUCAAGUCAGUCUCUGUUUGUGACGGAAAAGUCUUCACUGCUCACCAAGACUGUAAAAUCCGUGCCUGGAAGAUAUCCUUAACUACCAAACACCACAGGCUGUUAACCGUUCUCCCCACACUUAACGACCGUUUACGCCGUUUCAUUCUCCCUAAGAACUACGUGAAUGUUCGACGUCAUAAGAAGCUGCUGUGGAUAGAACAUGCUGACGCCGUUACAGGCCUUGCAGUUAACGGUAAUAACGGUCUGAUCUAUUCGGUUUCUUGGGAUAAGAGCUUGAAGGUAUGGAGAGCUAGUGAUUUGAAAUGUCUAGAAUCUAUCAAAGCUCACGAGGACGCAGUCAACGCUGUGGCUGUCUCCGUUGACGGGACGGUUUACACUGGGUCUGCGGAUUGUAGGAUUCGGGUUUGGGGCAAACCGUUAAACGAGAAGCGACACGUGUUGCUUGCCACUUUAGAGAAGCAUAAAUCAGCUGUUAAUGCAUUGGCUUUAAAUGACGACGGGUCGGUGCUGUUUUCCGGUGCUUGUGAUCGUUCCAUUUUGGUGUGGGAGAGAGAGGACAGUGCUAAUCAUAUGGUAGUGACUGGAGCGUUGAGAGGGCAUAAUAAGGCCAUCUUGACUCUGAUUAACGUCUCUGAUUUGUUGUUGAGUGGGUCAGCUGAUCGGACGGUCAGGAUUUGGAAAGAGGGACAUGAUGGCAAAUACGUCUGUUUGUCUGUUCUAGAUGGGCACCGGAAACCAGUUAAAUCUUUGGCUGCUGUUUGGGACGAUGAUAACGAUGUCGUCUCGGUGUUUAGUGGCACUUUGGAUGGAGAAAUUAAGAUGUGGCAGGUGUCGGUUGGUUUCACCUUGCAGUCAUGA